GGAAGCUGUUGGCUCCGUGGAAGGCAGGUGGGACUCGCGGACACGCCCGGACCAGUUGGAGCACUGGGCAGUCACCAAGUGUGUGAAGUGUAAUAAGGGCAAGUGCUGGUCUGCGCCUGGGACAGCGCAACGCUGGACAAAUGGAGAAGCUGGUUGCUUGUGUACAAAAAAAGCCAAAUGCUCUUUGUAGACUGAUUUGUUUUCCAUGGGCUGGAGGUGGAACUUCAGAAUUUGCUGAAUGGGGCAGACUCUUCAACGACUCAAUUGAAGUGUUCUGCAUAAGGCCUCCUGGAAGAGAAACUCGUCUUAAGGAGCCUUUUGCAAAAGACAUGGCAAGCUUAGUUAAUGAAGUUACAAGUGUUUUGUUAAAAGAAUUUAAAGAAAAACCAUUUGCGUUUUUUGGUCACAGUCUUGGAACUUACACGAGUUUUGCUGUUGCACUUCAUUUGAAAGAAAAAUAUGGACUGGAGCCAGUCCAUCUUUUCAUGUCAGCAGCGCAUGCCCCAAAUUCUGCAGCAUGUCUUGCCCUCAAAAACACACCAGUGCCUGAUAGAAACAGUGACUUUCUUGCAUGUAUGAGGAUGCUAGGAGGAAAUUAUGAGCUUCCACCUAAUGAAAACAUUAGGAGAACUAUAGCACUAACCUUAAGAGGAGAUAUUAAUGUUUUCAAGACGUUUUCAUUUGAGAAGGAAGACAUGAGUACCCCCUUCUCCUGUGAUAUUACCGUCUUUUGUGGGUCUGAUGAUCAAAUGUAUGAUGCACAAGGUUGGAAAGAAUUGACAAAUGGAAAUAUUUCCUUUUAUAAGCUUCCUGGAGAUCACUUCUAUCUGCUGAAACCGUCUAAUGAAAGUUUCUUGAUAAAACAUAUCACAAUGUGCAUAGAAAAUGCCCAACUAUGAGUGUUUCCCUCAAUUUUAAUAGCAGAAUGUGUAGGUUAGUCCACAGCAAUUUAUAAUAAGUCACUUCUUUCUCUACAUUGCAUGCAGUUAUGCCUUAAAGUUGUUCUGUUUCUCCUCUGUAAUCCUUUAUAAGGGGGAGUUUCCCUAAUUUUUUUAAAAAACAAACAUUGGCUUUGAGUCUUAAAAAAUAUUUCAUAUUUUCUUUCUUCUCUUGCAUAUGUACAAACUCUUCACUUUAUUCCAUAACCUUGUUUGCAAAAAAAUCAUGUCUAUGUUAUUUAACUGUUAGAGCUUCUCUGUCUGUCUUUUUCUGUCAAAAUGCUAAAUAUAAUUUAAUACCCACAAAAA